AUGUCAUCGUCUAGAAAACAGCUGACGUACCAUGACUAUACGAUCGGCUGGGUCAGCACGCUGCCACUCGAGCUGGCGGCAGCGAUGGCAAUGCUCGAUGACAGUCAUGCCCCGCUGCCAGGCCCUGAAGGUGAUCACAACACUUAUCAUAUCCGCGAGAUAGAAGGCCAUAACAUUGUGAUGGCGUAUCUUCCCGCUGGGUUUACGCAAAUGCUGCCCACGUUUCCGUCCGUCAAGUUUGGGCUCAUGGUCGGCAUCGGUGGUGGAGCACUGAGCGAUUCGUUCGAUAUUCGUCUGGGUGAUGUCGUUGUCAGUAAGCCAACUGGCCAGCUUUGGGGGGUGGUACAGUAUGACUAUGGGAAGACUUUGGUAGCUGCCCCGGAGGUUCUCUUGACGGCGAUUUCAGAUCUACAAGCGAAGCACAGGUCGGCAAUGAACCACAUUACUGUCCACCUAGAAAACGCUGCAAGGGCUCACCCUUUAAUGAAAUCGUCGUUGACUUACUCUGGAGAGGCCCACGACAUCCUUUUUCAACCGUCCUACAUUCAUCAAGGAAUUAAUCUAACUUGUACAAAUUGCGAGUCUAGUCACAAGGACUCCCAAACGCGCGACAAGCUUGGAAAGGAGUUUGGGAUCCUGUGCCUGAUGGAUCAUUUCCCGUGUCUAGUCAUCCGGGGCAUAUGUGAUUCUUCGGAUUCUCACAAGAAUAAACGAUGGCAAGGUUAUGCUGCUGCAACUGCGGCGUCAUAUGCAAAGGAGCUCUUAUAGUCUUCGCUUCCCAAAGCCAUGGUCCCCAGGCUUCUAGGGCAAAUGCUCUGGCGUUGGUUUUAUAUUGGUCUUCACAUAUAUUUUGUUCGCUUAGCAUUACAUAUCACAGCAAUUCCCUUUGUUGGAAUAUUCAGUUUAUUGAUCUUCUAAACCGAAACCAGUAAGUACUCUAGUAUGCUCUCGGUAACAUGGGAAAGAUUUCCUGCUGGAAAAGGGGUUGAGUAUACUAGCGUAGCUUAAGCGAUAGCAGGUUACCCGUUCAUGCUGAAAGGGAAAUGUAUUACAAUACCCAUGGUUAUUCUUUCUGGAUGUGAGGAGCUUGGGUGGUCAAUAUCUUAGUAGG